AUGGCGAAAAGCUUUGUUACUAAGUUUCGUGGCGAAAAUUUCUUCACUCCGGAAACUAAGAUCAAAGACGAACCAGUGUCGCCCGAUGAGGAGCAUUUUGGUGAUCAACACCAUUUGGACUAUUUCGAUGGGAGUGAGGUUGUAGGCAUGAGGAAAUCCUUAUCAUUGAACGAUAUUGCUGCAUUAAGGGAGGAUUUCAUGGGUUUGGAUUUGCAAAGCAACAGAGAAGACAAACGAUACAGACCCGCUCCCUGCGCUUCGCAAGAACUUUCCAAGACAAAGUUCGUCUCUAUGGCUGAGGCUAUUUAUCACUACCAAAGAGAUACUCCUGGAAGAUUUCACUCUACAAAACCUCAGAAAUAUCAGAACGUGAGGCACAAUGGAGUGUCUGGUCUUACUGUGCCACAGUCACCAAUGUUGCGUUGCAAAACGCGCGCCCGCCCAGUGCACAUCGAGUCUCAAAAGGAUAAGGAAGAAAGAGAAUUAGAAGAAAUGAAAAAGUUCAAACUGAGGGCUAAUCCAAUUCCAAAGUCAGUUCUUCAAGGUACGAGAAACUUACCUGAUGUUUCGAAAAAACCACCUACUAUUCCAGAACCGUUUAAACUUACUGAAAUUCACAAGAAAACACCUUGUCCAUCCCCAGAACAAAUACUACAAUUUAAAGCGCGGCCAGCACCUAGACAUAUAUUGGAGAAGCCUCACAUUCCGCCUAAACCUUCAGUGUCAAUCACAGUACCUGACAGCCCAAAACUGCAUUUCAAGAAAGCAAAAUCUGAAGAUCGACAUGACAUUGUAAUGCAAAGCAAUCAUGGUACUAUAUUAAAAGCCAAAUCAGCUGAGAAAAGUCGACUUCUACGACAGGGUCCAAUAAAGCCAGUGCCAUUUUCAUUUGUAAAGAGAGAUGAGGAAAUAAAAAAACGAAAAGAGGAAUGGAUCAAGCAACAAAUACAUGAAGAGAGAAAACAGGCUUCUCAAUUUAAAGCUCAACCAUUACCAGUGGCUGUAAAGAAGCGAAUGUGCCAUGUUACUAUAAAGAGCAGCUCAUCAAAUGCUUCUGAAAACAAAGAAAAUCAUGUUAAGUUUGAGGCUCGUCCUGCAAGUGUACUUUACAAGGAGCCAUUCAAACCAGUACGCCAUGAAAUACACAUAAUCAAAUCCAAACCCUUCCAGUUAACUACUGAAAAAAGGGCUGCAGAGAGGGAGAUGUUCGAACUGCACUUAAAGGAUAAAGAAAAGGAAAUGGAACAUAUAAAAGAGCAAAAAGAAAAAGAAAGACUUGAAGCCGAGGAGAGGGAAAAAGUGAAAUUGAGGGCAAAGUUAGUACAUCACGCUAAGCCAGUCCCAUUAAAGGUGAUAAAUAAGCCAUUUGUUCCAGAGAAAUUAAAAAUACCUUUGACUGUGCCCGAAACCCCUACAUUUGUGAGGAAGCUGAAUAAAAAUUGAUAUGCAGGUAAUAUUAUCAACAUAUCAGUUUUUUUUCAGCAUUUUCCUACAUGUCCAUACAUAGCAAGAGCAUCUUUCUGGAUUUUACCUUUGAAACGUUUAUAUGACCAAGAUGUUUUAGACUUAGUCUAGAUUUAGUUUGGACUUAAUAUUUGUAAUUAUCCAAUUUCUGUUUUACUGUCAUCUUAAUUCUUAUCAUGUAUUUUGUUUAGCUUUGUUUAUAUAAUUAUUAUGAUGACCUUUUAGCUAAUGUUCUUUAUGUUUAUGAUAAUAAUUAGGUUUGAUGUUUAAUAAUAUUUUUCAAUG